GAACGCACAGAAGGAGAGCAAGCAAGAGCCUGUACUACAUUUCCGUAUUCGGGAAGAAACGAUCUCUUUAUCUCAUACGUUGCUAGAAUGAGUAAAAAAGAGACAUCACCAGUCUCCCAAUAUAACAAGUGGGGAGGACGAAUAAUGCGAUUUGACUGUGAAAACAAUAUCGUGAGCACCCAGUAAUGUCACGUAAGGGAGAAAGUAACCUGUAAAAAAAAAAUGUUAUCAAUAUAAAUAUACACAUGCGAGCAACAUCCCUUGAAGCUGUUGUUCAAAAAAUUAAAACAAUUCCAUGGACGACGAUAGAUGUUUAUCGAGAGAUUCUAUAUACACGGGAGUGAUCCGUCCCCUGAAAGUUUAGGUUAUGUGACAAGCAAUGUGUGAAAUGACAACGAAACAUCAAAACUGCCGAUUGUGCUUAAAGGCUUUUAGCAAUGAAUAUUUGACGGAGAUCUUUUCUAAAUCGUGCGCAACCGACGUUCAGCUAUCUUCGAAAAUUAUGGUUUGCGUAGCUCUCACAGUUCAAGAAGACGAUGAAUUUCCUAAAUAUGUUUGUAAAGUCUGUGAGGAUAAUGUUAACCAAUUUUAUAUGUUUCGUAAGACCUGUUAUCAAGCAUACUUCUCCUUAUUACAAAAUUACACAUGUUUCGAUCUUGAACGAUUGAAAUGUAAAAAUAUUGCAACUCUAAGAUGUGACGAUGAAAUAGUACAUAAGCAUGAAAAUAUUCCAAAUGAAACAAAAAAUGUUGAAACUGGAAGUGAAAUGAAUAAAACUAAAAAAUAUCAUAACAAAACAAACAAAAGAAAAAUAUAUCCUUAUGAAUCAAAAUUUAAAAUGAGGAUAAAUAAAAAAGAAAAAUGCAAAGGUGGUACAUUAAAUAGCGCUACACCAUUGGAAACACAACUGCUUUUAAAAAACAGUAUUCAGGAUAAAACUAUAAGCAUCAACAAUGAAUAUUCACUUUCCAAUGAAGCUAUCAAAAGUGAAUCGCAUAACGAUGUAACAGUUCUAAAUGCUUCCGAUGUUAGACUUAUACUGAAAGCUCCGUUAAACGAAAGUAAAUCUUUGAUGCAAUCAAAAAGCCCUGAAAAGAAGUGGCACUCAAAAUUACUUCCAGUUCUAAACAAACCUACUUUUGAUAAAAAAAUGACCAAUCAAGAAAUGAAUGAAGACAGAGUGGACUUAAAAACUGAAACUGAUCAAGAUAAAGAUGAAAGACAAACAAAAUUUAAUUUAGUUUUGCAGGAAAAUAUACCAAAACAUCAUAUUGUUUGCACGAAAGAAAAAAAAAAAGAUUCCAUUCACAUUAAAAAUCCCAUUGAACAGAAUUUAAAAAAAACAAAACGUAUGAAGUACACAAAUACUGUAAAUGCAAUGCAACAAGAUGACGGUUAUGAAGUACAUGCUAAUUCUCACAUAAAAAAGACAAAUAUAGCAAUGGUGUCAAGCAUACGAUCCACUGAUAAUAUAGACUUAAUCGAAAACAAUGUGCUUAUCAAGGAAAGAGAGAAUUUAACGUCUGACAUUAAUUACUCAGAACAAUAUUACGAGGUAGAAGAAAUACAGGAACACGUAAUCGAUGGUCAAAAUGUCGUGCAAAAGAUAAAAUACAAAUGCUUACGCUGUUAUCUGCUAUUCGAUGAUCUGGAUUCAGCUGCCCUUCAUUACAGUAAUUGUCAAAUAAAUAAAGAAAAACUGUCUAAUGAAUUAACAAUUAAUACGUCCAACUGUGACGUUAUUUUUAAAUAUUCAGAGGAAGAAAUUGAAAAUGUGGAAAAAAUCAGUGCUAGAAAAGAAAAUGAAAUGAUAUCAAAAGUAACAAACCUUGUGCAAUUAAACGCAGUUGAAAAUGAUUCCAAUAUGCCGACAAAACUAAAUUGUUCCAGACAAUUGAGCUUAGAGGAAAGAAAUAAUUCUGCCAAUGAGUUGGCCAUUCGAAAUAUGUCAAUGGAUAAUGAAAGUGAAUUGGAUGAGGAAAAAGUAAUGACACAUAACAAUCCAGUUAAUGAAUUUAAACAGCGAAACAAAAUCACAGCCGCCAGCCGAUCAAAGAAGUGUAAAACUCAUAAACGUAAAGAUCAACAUACAUGUCCUGAAUGUAGUGCUACAUUUAAUAGCCCAUCAUUAUUGAGACGUCAUUCAACAGUUCAUACAGGUGAGCGACCUUAUACGUGCGAAAUCUGUAACAGACGAUUCUCCUUAAUAGAGCAGCUAAAUUUCCACCGCAACUUUCAUAAGAAUCCUAGGCAUCGAUGUGAGAUUUGCGAAAAGCCUUUCUUAAGGCCAAGCGACAUUGAAAAACACAUGCGUACACACACUGGUGAAAAGCCAUUUAAUUGUAAUUUAUGUCCAAAAGCUUUUUCACAAUUGGCAGCUUUGCAUCAACACGAAAGAACACAUACUGGAGAUAAACCGUACACCUGUGAAAUCUGUGGAAAAGGAUUUUCCCAAAAGGCAAACAUGACCAAGCAUUUCAAAAUCCAUAAAGAGGGUACAAAACCUCAUACGUGUCAAAUUUGCGGAAGGAGCUUCUCUGACAUAAAGGAAAUGGAAUUGCACAGAGCUGGACAUAACGGUGGCAGGCCGAGGAAAUGCAAUCACUGUAGCGAGAGCUUCAGAAAAAUUUCAGAAUUAAAUCACCAUAUUCAGAGGUUUCACACCUUUGAGAGACCUCACAAAUGUAAAAUUUGUUCAAAGGCAUUUUAUUCUAUGUAUAAUUUGAAGCAACACGUUUUAAUCCACACUGGACUGAAACCCUAUGCCUGUAGCAAGUGUGAUCAUAAGUUUACACAAAAAGGAAAUUUAACUAAACAUUUUGAAAGGAAACACUUGGAUCUCCUUGUGGACAAUAAUAAAUACAUUAUUCUUGAUAAUAAAAGGUACACAGAAAAUGAGGUAUUGGUCAUGGACGGUUCAAAAGAGGAAAACUUGACUAGUCUAUUAAUUGUCGAACACGAAGAGACUGUACCCCUAAGAGAAGAGAUAUAAAUAUUACUUGUACUAAAAUGUAAAUAUUGUUUGAUAUGGGAAAGAUGAAUAAAUAGAUUAUUAAUAUGUAA